GUAAAGCCAUCAAAACCGCCGCAUAAGAAUCUUUUCUUUUCUCAAGGCUGUUUGACACUCCACAAAACCGCUUCACCAAUGCCUCGUUAGAACGCGUGGGAGUGAUAACAGAAACAGACACAGCUCAAUAAGUAAUGUAGUUGGUAGUGGUACAAAUUUGUUCAGUGCGGAUAAUGCCGCAUAUUUUUCGUAUGUCUGUCAAUGGACGGAAUGGAAAAAAUGAAGAAUUUGAGGCCAAGCAUUGAAGAAUCGAAAGACUCGACAGUUUUUUCAGUCGUCCUGUAGUGGAAAUUGGAGUUUUCCAGACAAGGAUUUAAUGAAUAAUGGAGUAAGACGGAUUCGAGGGAGUAUGGUUGAGAUUUGGUCCGAGGAAACAGGUGUCUCGCUGACAGGUGGAAGCUGUGCAUAGAUUUUAAUAUUUUGCGGUUAAAAAAGCUUACUCGUUUGGAAUUACGUAUUUGACAUUUGAAUCUUCACAGUGCCAGUCGCAGAGGAAGAAGAGGGAAAAAAAUAACCGCAUGAAAUAGUAAAUAAUUGAUUGCGCUCGGGAGCAUCAGGUAAAUUGAGAUAAUAUUUGCAAGCAUCAUUAUUAUACAUGAUGAAAUAAGUAAAGGUUAAAGUAGACUAGAUCUUGAAACUCUCUACUGGACUUUAUAAUUAUACAAGAGCAUUACCUGCUUGCUUUUCAAUUUUGAUCAGGCUCAAGCGAUUGAUUCGCUUGAGUCGUUAAGAGGACGAUCAGCUAGUAAAGUUAUGUUUUGUGCUGUAAUGGAAAAGCUGCCGAUCGUUUAAUAAGUGUGCCAAAUGCACACAUUGUGAGCUCAAAGGGUUUCAGUUGCCUUCAUUAAAGCGAAAGGAUUUCGUUUCAAGGGCCUUCCCUUUGACGGCUUAGUUUCGCACGUCCAUCUACCAAAUACAAGGGGGAUUUAAGGAGUGAAGAUGUUAGACAGUUUGUUCUGCCGAGGUAGUGCCUCAAAAUGCAAAUCUUUGAUCAAGAACAUAAAAUCCAGGGUUGAAUUUUUAAGGAAGAAAAGAAAUGGGAAGGCAAGUCUCCAAAGAAGAGAUAUUACAGAACUUCUCCAGAAAGGCGAGAAUCAGAAGGCGCUUUCUCGGGUUGACCUACUCUUCUUGGAGGAGAAUGUUUUAUAUGCUUAUAAUAUGAUUGAAAGCUUUUGUGAUUGCAUUCUGAAGGGCCUCUCUUCCAUUCAGAAGCACAAGGACUGUCCACGAGACAUUAAAGAGGCUGCGUCAAGCCUGAUCUUUGCUGCUGCAAGGUGUGCAGAAAUCCCGGAAUUACAGUCCUUGCGUGGCAUUUUUGCCACAAUAUAUGGAGAAGAGUUUGCAAUUGCUGCAAGAGAAUUGCAUCCUGAUUGUGGCGUGAACCAACAGAUCAUAGAGAAUCUUUCAGGUGGGCCUCCAACAAGUGAUGCAAAAUUGAGCCUAAUGAUAGAAAUAGCAGAGAAAGCAGGUUUGCAGUGGGAGCAUUUAAAUUUCAAGGAUGGUUUUGAACGGCAGCAGAGUUUGAUUUCUUCCAAGAAUACAGCUGGUUUGUCACAUAUGCCAUCUUCCUUGAAAACAAGUUUAGAUGGCACUAUGGUGCAUGCUGUGAAAAAUGGUCGAAUUUUAGAGAGUCAAUAUUCAAGAAAUGUCAAUAGACAAAAAGCUUCAAUGUCCGCUGGAAGGGAAGACGUAAGGCAAGUAGGAUGUGAAGAUGUAUAUGAGAGAGACAUUCCUGUUGUUUCUAGCAGUAUCGAGGAGAUUGGUAUUAUUUCAAAUAACCAUGAAAAGACUCCUCAAGCAGAGAAUCCAAAGCCAUCUGCUAGAUCACGGAGAAAUGUGCAGAAAUUUGCUGCUGACCCUGUCCAUGCUGCUGAUUGUGAAAGAACUUCAAAUAAGAAGCAGUUCAAAGCAGAUGUUGUUGACCAGUCUUUCAAUACCAGUAUAGAAAGACAGGAAGUUGUUGAAGACACAAGACAUGGCUACAGUAGACCUUCAAAAAAUAAGAAUUCAAGGCACACUUAUGGUGGGCAAAUUAAAGAUCCUUAUGAAUGUAAAAAUGGGCAUCCAGAUGUUCCUUUCCUGGAAGAAAACAAUGAGAUACCUGAGAAAGAACUUGGCUUGAAAUCAGCUACACUAAUCAAAUCAGAUGGAGUUCGCAAAAGUAAGCCUACAGGCAGAACAUCUAACUUGAAUGUGGAUGGGGAAACUUUACAGGAAGCUUCUGAGGAGUUUGUGAAUAGGAGGUUUCCAGACAACUAUUCUAUCACAAGAGAAGGAUCGGUUUGGCCUGGCAAUGGAUCAUACCAGUAUGGAGAAAAUGGUGUACAUCAUAGUAGACAUAGGGGGCACAAUAGACCGUCUAAAAGCAGAGAAUCCUGUGUUGAGAAUGAUGAGGUCAGAAUGUUUGAUAAACCUUGUGAAGGAUUCCAUGGCGAUUCUAUACAGGAAUGUAAGUCGGAAUAUCAGGACUUGUCUAAAACCAGAAGCAGCAUGAUGUCAAAAUCAAACAAAAUGUUUCCUGGGUCCACUUACCAUGAUGUUAAAAAGGACAGCAUGUACAAUGCCAAUGAAAUUGACAAUUGUAGGCUUCCGACAAAUGGUUCAAAUUAUGUUUCUGUUGAGCCAUCAACAAAGAAGAGCAAUGGAAGGAAGGUGUACGGUGAAGGAUUUUUGGAACCCCAGGAAGGUCCAACAUUUAAGGUGGUUGUAGAUUAUCCUGAAAAGUGGGAUUCGACAUCACAGUAUAUUGGAGGUCAAAUUGACAAUGGAGUGCAUGAUAAGUGGCAUGGCUCUGAUGGCAAUGAUGAAUAUCACAAUGAAUUAGAUUCAAGUCCUUCUCGAGCAUUUGAUAAGCAUCAUGUCCAUAGAACAUAUGGAGCAGGAUUGGGUCCGUCUCAGGCACAUGAAAGGCUACAUGGCAGAGCAAGUGGCACAAGAGUUUAUUAUACUAAUGAACAUGAUGAAGAGAAACAUAAUAUCAGGAGGGAAGCCGAUAAUGGAGGUAGAAAAUCUGUGAACAGGAAGCGUUACGGGGUAGCUAAAGCUUCUCAACCAGUAGAUAAUGAAGAAGAGCACGAGACCUAUUACUCUGUCCAGGAAACAUUGUAUGAGACUAACAAAGGCAAUUUAAAUUCAUUUGGUAGGGUACCAUAUGAAUCACAAAAGCACGGGGACAAAGGAGAACAGCAGAGGAAUUAUCCUUUGAGAGACGAUGGAAGAUCACAUAAUCCAGCGUAUUUAUCUAGUAAGAAUCUCUAUGAAAGUGUUGAUAAUUCAUCAGAUGAGGAGCACAAUAUAUGGCAGCCUAACUCUACAAGAGAACACACCAAAUAUGCAUACCCAUUAGAUGUUGACUCUAAAAAGAGAUCUGAUGUAGGUUGGCAAACACAGGAAGGUAAACCACAAUACGGGAGGAAAGGCUCUCUAGAUUCCCGAAUAUUUCACGGUGGUCAUGGUAAUCAACACCCAGAGUUACAGGAUUACCACUGCCAAAAGCUUGAGAGCUUGGGGUUGUACAUGAAUGAAACACAUAUAACUGACAGCAAAUCUGAAAGGAGGCAUUUAGAUAAUUGUCAGUGGGAUAGCGGCUCGAUCAAUGAUAAUUCUACUUUACCAGAAUAUAGAAGGGUUUAUGCAGAUAAGAGAGAGAAAUAUGACAGUGGUCUCAAGGAUGUCCAUCAAAUUGAUAGAUUUGAGAACGUAAAUAGAUAUCACACGAUGCAAUCUGAAAGGAGGCAAAAGGUCCCCAUAUCCAGUGAUUCCUAUAUUCAGCACAGUGAGCAGACGAAUGGUCAUCAUUUGUUUACCGGAAGUAAUGGCAUAUCUGAGGGCAAGGAGUGUUCUCCUGAAAAAGGUAGAAGGCAAGAUAUUCAAAAUUCAAAAUCACAAAGAACCAGAAGCAAACAAAGAACCCAAGAGAUUCAAUACGAAAAUUUGGAGUCAACAAGUGUGAAAAACUUUUCCAGGCCUCCGACUGCACGUGUUGUCAAGAGGGAUUCUUAUGCUACACCAAUUGAUAGGCCUCUUCCUCUCCUGCCACCUUCAUCUCCGGCUCCUAAACCAUCUUAUGUUAAUCCUGAGGAUAUACUUGGCAAAUCAGUAAAUGCUUUUAAUGAGGUGCCCCCUCAAAGGCAUCAAGAACAUUACAGAACGGCAUCAAUGUCUAACAAAUCUCCUGCUCGCUCAGAUUCAUUGAAAGCUAAACUUGUUAAGAGUCAAUCCGAUGUGGGUAUCUCUGGCACUCGACAUGUGCACCCAAAGCUUCCUGACUGUGAUGACUUGACUGCUCGGUUCGCAGCCUUAAAGCAGCAACGCCAAGCAAGCAAUUCUGAAUAAACAACCUGUUCAUUUUACUGUAUGCCCAUCACUUUAUCUCCCUCGUUUCUUCUGGUUUUUCCUUUGCUUGAAGAUCACGAGCACUAGCUCAGGUUUACACUACAUUUGCUCCUACUUUGCAAAUCUUGUAUAUUUUCCAAGAAUCCUUGUAUUUCAUUUCUAUGGGUUGAGUUUUUCUUCUCAGCAUGUUUGCGGGAGAGUUAUCCAAUGGCAUGAAAGCUUUUUCUUUUGCUGGAGGCCCUGUGAUAGGACAUACAAGUACUGUACCGUAGGAAAAGUAAAGAAAAAGUUAGUCUAUUACUUAUGUAUUA